AUGGCUUCAAUGACCCAAUCUCCAGUGUCAUUCACUGGAAAUUUGGCUUCCAAACCCUCUGCUUCAGAUCUUCUUAAGAGUUCUAGUAAUUCUGUUUAUGGUGUGCCCCUAAAAGCACUUGGAAAGGCCCAACUAGGAGCAAAGCGGAGAGACUUCGCUAUCUCUGCAAAGGUUAGGAAGGUGAAAAAGCACGAAUAUCCAUGGCCAGAGGAUCCUGAUCUGAAUGUGAAGGGUGGAGUCCUCAGCCAUCUCUCACCUUUCAAGCCUUUGAAAGAAAAGCCGAAGCCAGUGACCUUGGAUUUUGAAAAGCCUCUUAUGGAUCUGCAGAAGAAAAUUGUUGAUGUGCAAAAAAUGGCAAACGAAACUGGGCUGGACUUCAGUGAUCAAAUAAUUUCUCUAGAGAAUAAAUAUCAACAGGCACUGAAAGAUCUGUACACGCAUUUGACUCCUAUACAGCGUGUGAGCAUUGCACGGCAUCCUAAUAGGCCAACGUUUCUCGAUCAUGUCUUCAAUAUUACUGAGAAGUUUGUAGAGCUCCAUGGUGAUAGAGCUGGAUACGAUGAUCCUGCUGUGGUCACUGGCCUUGGUACAAUUAAUGGUAGGAGUUACAUGUUCAUGGGCCAUCAGAAAGGACGGAAUACAAAGGAGAAUAUUCAGCGCAACUUUGGGAUGCCUACUCCCCAUGGUUAUCGGAAGGCACUACGCAUGAUGUACUAUGCAGAUCACCAUGGAUUUCCAAUUGUUACUUUCAUUGACACUCCAGGAGCAUAUGCUGACCUUAAAUCUGAGGAACUUGGCCAAGGGGAAGCAAUAGCUCAGAACUUGAGGACUAUGUUUGGUCUGAAAGUGCCAAUUGUCUCAAUUGUUAUGGGAGAAGGUGGCUCUGGUGGAGCUCUGGCUAUUGGUUGUGCCAACAAACUAUUAAUGCUUGAAAAUGCAGUCUUCUAUGUUGCCAGCCCAGAGGCAUGUGCAGCAAUCUUGUGGAAGAGUGCGAAAGCUUCUCCAAAGGCAGCUGAGAAGCUAAAGAUAACAGCUAAAGAACUGUGCAAGCUAGAAGUUGCUGACGGCAUCAUCCCUGAACCUCUCGGCGGUGCACAUGCUGAUUCAUAUUGGACUUCACAACAGAUAAAAACUGCAAUUGUUGAAUCAAUGGAUGAACUUGGAAAAAUGGACACAGAAGAGCUGUUAAAACAUAGGGCUCAAAAGUUCCGUAAACUUGGUGGAUUCCAAGAGGGAAUUCCAAUUGAUCCAAAAAAGAAGGUCAAUAUGAAAAAGAAAGAAGAAGCCAUAGUUGUGUCUAAGACUUCAGAAGUGGAGUUGAGGGAUGAGGUUCAAAAACUGAAACAGCAGAUUCAGAAAGCUGGUAAAGUGUCUGUAGAUCAUCGAGAACCAGGUCUAAAUGAGAUGAUAGAGAAGUUGAAAAGCGAAAUUGAUUAUGAGUAUGAAGAAGCGGCAAAAGCUGUAGGUUUGGAGGACAAAAUUGUGAUGUUGCGAGAAGAAGUUGCAAAAGCAAGAAAUUUGAAAGACCACCUCACACCAGUAUUGAAGGAAAAGAUAGAACAGUUGAAUGAUGAAUUUAACAAGAAUCUUCCAUCAGCUCCUAAUUACUCCAGCCUGAAAUAUAAGCUUGAUAUGUUGAAGGAAUUAUCCCAAGCUCAGAGUAUGUCAGAAAAGAGCACCAACACAGACAAACUGAAAGUCGAAAUUGAUAAGAGAUUCAAAGAAGUCAUGGAUCGGCCUGAUUUAAAACAAAAGAUUGAGACAGUAAAAGGUGAAAUUGCAAAAUCAGGGGUGUCGGAACUAGUUAAUUUAAACCAAGAUCUAAAGGAAAAAUUUGUGCAGUUGAGCGAAGAGUUAGAGUCAGAAUUUAAAGCUAUUCUUGAAUCUAUGGGUUUGCAGGUGUAUCCACGUACAGCCCUAGAAGCGAAGGCAAAAUUAGACAUGCUCAAUGAAGAAACUGAUAUGAUUAUAGAAGAUGUUAUCAAUUCAUCAAAUUUGAAAGACAAAAUUGAUCUGCUAAAGAUGGAAGUGGCAAAUGCUGGAAAUGCACCAGAUGCAGAGUCAAAAAGCAAGAUUCAGACUUUGGAGGCAGAAAUCAAGCAGGCAGUUGCCGAGGCUGUAAGUUCCCCUGAACUGAAAGAGAAGUACGAGAAGCUGCAGGGUCAGAUACUUGAAGCCACCAAAUCUUCUGUAGGAUCAGAUGGAAGUUUGGUUAAACAAAAUGUAGAUGAACAGUCGAAGCACGAUGGAUCGCCACUAGAAGUCAAUUCAGAAGCAAACCGCAGCUUUGUCUGA